AUGCCGGCUGGCGCCCACCGACAUCCAUUUACGCCAAAUAUUAUGCAAUCUGCACUUCUUGACCAUUGGAAGUCCUUGCCCCUUGACAAGUACGAUGGCACCACCAACCCCGAUGAACACGUAGACGUGUUCUUAACUCAAGUUACUCUGAGCAUAACCGAUGAUGCCGCCUUGUGCCGAAUCUUCCCAACAUCGUUAAAAGGGCGAGCGCUGAGCUGGUUUACUCGGCUUCCAGCUAACUCGAUUGACUUGUUCAGCACGUUAGCUUCCCAGUUCACCAUCCAAUUCGCUACAAGUCGGCCUCACCAGUUGACCUCUUUGGCGCUGGUCAGCAUCCGUCAGGAGAAAAAGGAGUUCCUUCGGGCGUUCAUAAGCCGAUUCAACAAAGCGACGCUUGAAAUUCGAGACUUGAACCCUGCAGUGGCUCUGCAUCACCUUACCACCGCCUUGAAACCAGGGCCUUUUGCCAAUAGCAUUUGUAAGAAACCCCCUACCGACAUGGAUGAUUUGUGUCGACGAGCCGACAAAUACAUGCAGAUGGAAGAAUUAGUCGAGUUCCGUAACCAGGCCCGAGCGGAGGUGUCGGCAAAGCCUGAAAAGUCGACUGAAAACAAUUUUCGAAGCCGUCCGAAAGAACUGGUACCCCGCGAGAGGCCCCCUCGUGGCCCUAAGUAUUCCCAUUAUACACCACUUAACACCAGCAGGUCGGCAAUACUAGAACAAGCACUCGCUUCGGAAGUACUAGCCGUCACAAAACGGGCGUCGUCCCCUCCCCGGGCCGAUACGACCAAAUCUUGCAGGUAUCAUCACAAUCACGGACAUUCAACUGACGAAUGUUCGGCCCUGAAAGAUAAGAUUGAAGACUUGAUCAAGCAAGGACAGUUGCAAGGCUUCGUGGACCGACCGAACUCUUCGAAAUACUCCGACCGGUCGCGGCGGCAUGAUCAGCUCGAACAAAGAAGGACAGAAGCACGCUCGUACAGAGAACGCAGUCGAUCAAGAGAUCGAAGAAAGGAAGAGCCUUCGGCACAGCCUCGGCGAGUCAUCAACACGAUAGCAGGAGGAUUCGUUGGCGGAGGUUCAUCCUCAUCAGCCCAACGCAGACACUUACGAGCUGUUCGGCACGUGCAUGCAGUGGAGACAGUUCGUCGUCGCCUUCCCACCAUCACUUUCACCGAGGACAACUUCAAAGGCAUCGACCCGGACCAGGAUGAUCCGAUGGUAAUCAGCGUCGAAAUUCAUAACUGCAUUGUACGAAAGACGUUGGUUGAUCAAGGAAGUUCAGCUGACAUUCUUUAUUGGAACACAUUCAAACAGCUGGGUAUUCCGGAGUCUGAGCUAGUUCCUUAUGAUGAACCUUUGGUCGGGUUCUCCGGUGAACGAGUCAAGACAAAAGGGUAUAUCAAGUUGUCAACUCGGUUCGGGUUUGAAGGAACUGAGUACCGAGACAUUUCGGUUAAGUAUGUGGUGGUGCACGCCAGCACAUCUUAUAACAUUUUGCUCGGCCGGCCAUCCCUGAAUCGGCUCGGUGCAAUCGUAUCCACCCCUCAUUUAGCCAUGAAGUUUCCGGCCGAAUCAGGGCGAAUAGUCACUGUCCAUGCUGACCAAAAAACUGCGCGAGAAUGUUAUUUUACCAGCUUGCGAUUGCCGAAAAUGAAGAACGAAGCACCGAAUGAACCGAGAGGGGUGCACUCGGUAUCAGAGCAAUCGGCCAUGGACCUCGAUCCUCGGAUCGAUCAAGAUGAGAGGGUGGAGCCCAUUGAAGAUAAACAACCAUUCCAGGUGGGAGUGUCCGAAUUCCAAGUCACUCACUUAGGAGCUAAUUUGUCUGAAGAAAAAUAG